AUGGCCGACGUUAAUACCGACAAGAAGAUCCCCGUCCCUGAUUUCCAGGAUGACUCUUUCCCUGUCUACCAGCAAGAUACUUUGAGCGUUGGGGCAACUCAUGAGGUUAAUAUGGAGGAAUACAGAGCGACUGUUCCCCUGUGGAAGAGGGUAUGGCAGCACAGUUUGACGCAAAUGAUACUUUUGAGUAUUCAGGCUUUCUGCGGACCCGCCAUGUCUGACGCGAUUACUGGGCUCGGUGGUGGUGGUCUUGCGACCCCGAAGGUGUCCAACAUUUCAACCGCAAUCAGAUACGCCAUGAUUGCUAUCGUUUGUUUGAUGGGCGGUCCCCUGGUGAAUAAGAUCGGUGUUAAAUGGGCCCUGGUUCUUGGCUCUCUGUCAUUCCCUAUUCAGGGGUCCGCAUACUACUGUAAUAGCAAGUUCGGAAACCAGUGGUAUCUCAUCCUGAGCGGUGCUAUCAGCGGUGUUGGCACAGCUUGCUGGUAUGUUGCCGAGGCUGGUGCCAUCAUGACUCUCGCACCCUCCGGCGCCCGUGGAAAGUAUCUGGCCCUAUGGAUUGUCUCUCGAAACCUAGGACAGCUUGUUGGAGGUGCAAUCAACAUGUCGAAGAAUCACCAUCCUGGGGCUGAGGGCGGAAUCACUCCUGAUACUUAUAUCGCCUUUGUCAUUAUUGAAUGUCUUGCGCUGCCGUUUGCGCUGUUGAUCAGCCCCUUUGAAAAGGUUGUUCGGUCUGACGGCACAAAAAUUCACAUGGCCGAAGCGCUUUCUACAAAACAGGAGUUCAAGCGUAUCUUGAAAACUGUCACCUCAAGUCUUAUUGUUCUGUCCUCGAUCUGGGCUUUCUGGUCUUUCUUUUAUUCUGGCAGCUGGAGCACGUACCUCGGUGUAUACUUUUCUGUUCGGGUUCGCGCCCUCUCAUCGCUCAUCUCGCCUUUCUUCUGCAUUAUUGGAUGCUUUGCUCUUGGAUUUAUCCUCGAUAUGAAGAACCUUAGUCAACGUCGCCGUGCUCAGAUUGGUCUCUAUACGGUUGCCAUUCUCAACGUCGGUGUCUAUAUAUGGUCUAUUAUCAUGCAGGUCAAAUUUAAUAGACAUAACCCGGGGAAAAUUGACUGGAGCGAUCAUUUGUAUGCCUCGGCGUUCCUACCAUAUUUCUUCGUCCAGACGACAGGCCCCAUGUCCCAGUCCUAUAUGUACUGGCUUCUUUCGUCAUUUGCAACAGAUGCGCAGGAAAACGUCCGUAACGGCGCUGUGUUCAGAUGUAUCGAAGCUGUCGGCCAGGCGGUGGCCUACGGUAUGAACACCCAGACGAAGAGUAGUCCGCUAAUUGGAUUCUGCGUUACAUUCGGUCUGCUUGGUGCUUCUAUGUUACCAAUGAUUAUGCUUGUGAAUACCACACCAGACCGUAUUCCAGCUGAUGUUAUUGCCGAAGCGCAGGACACCGCUCGCCAGAAAAUUGAGGGUACAGCUUGA